AUGUCGUCCAAGACUUUCUUUGCCAGCUCAGAUGACUCGAAGAUAUGUGUCGUCAUGGUUGGUCUACCGGCUAGAGGCAAGAGCCUUAUCGCCGGGAAAGCCAUGCGGUAUCUCGGCUGGGUUGGCAUCCCAGCUCGUGUAUUCAACGUGGGAACCUACCGCAGAAAUGCAACGCCACAGCCAAACGCUAACUUCUUUGAUCCUCACAACUCAGAAGGAGAGAAGAUGAGGCGGGCUGCGGCCGAAGCGGCCAUGGAAGAUAUGAUCAAUUGGUUCAACGCCGGCAAAGGCGUUGUCGCCAUUCUCGAUGCCACGAAUUCAACAAGGAAGCGACGCCAAUGGAUUUAUGAGUCAUGUCGCGCAGCGAAUAUUGAACCCCUCUUCGUCGAGUCAAUAUGCGACGACGAGGAUCUAAUUAUGAACAACAUCCUGGAAGUGAAGACCACGUCUCCCGACUACAAGGGGCAGGACCCCGAAGUCGCUGCAUUGGACUUCCGAAACCGAAUUCGAAACUACGAGAAGGUUUACGAGGGUAUUGGUGACGAUGAGAACCACUAUACCUAUGUAAAGCUGAUUAAUGUUGGCUCUACCGUGGUCAUAAAUCAAAUCAAAGAUUACCUAUCAAGUCGGCUGGUGUACUAUAUCCAGAACCUUCACAUCAAGCCACGAUCAAUUUGGCUCUCUCGGCAUGGAGAAUCAAAGUAUAACCUGACAGGGAAGAUCGGAGGCGAUGCGAGUAUCUCUGACCGGGGAGAAGCUUAUGCUCGAGCUCUACCCGGCCUACUAAAGAAAUCAGGCGUACCGCCGAAUACAAAGAUCGUGAUUUGGACGUCGACCCUCAAGCGUACGAUCCAGACCGCUCGUCACCUUGCUGCGGAAACAGGCUACGAAAAGCUAGAAUGGAAGGCUCUAGACGAACUUGACUCUGGAGUUUGCGAUGGCCUCACGUAUGAGGAGAUUGCCGAGAAAUACCCGGAGGACUUCGCAGCUCGGGAUGAAGAUAAAUACAACUACCGCUAUCGCGGCGGAGAGUCUUACCGGGACGUCGUGAUUCGUCUUGAGCCUAUUAUCAUGGAGUUGGAGCGCAGUGAAAACGUCAUCAUCGUCACUCAUCAAGCUGUCUUGCGUUGCAUCUACUCAUACUUCCUGAACGUCGCCCAAGAGCAAAGCCCAUGGAUGGAGGUUCCUCUGCAUACACUGAUCAAACUAACACCUCGCGCAUAUGGAACCGAAGAACAACGCUACAAGGCCGACAUUCCCGCUGUAUCGACCUGGCGAGCCAAGGGGACAUCUGCAAAGCACCAGGACUUUCCCAGUGAGGUGAAGGCAUAA